AUGAAACUCGACAAUGACGAGGCUGCAAGUUCUUCGGUCGACGUGGAUAGAAACACAGUAGAGCCAGAAAAGUCAGAUGGACCAAUCACCCAUCCCGAAGAAGCACUUCCGAACAAUGGCGCCGAGCUGCCCGGUGUGCCCUAUGAAGAGCUUCAACAUGGUAUCCAGGAGGUUGAGGCCGUGGCUCAGACCUGGUCGAAAAUGUCCUUGAUCUUCGUUUUCAUCAACAUGUGGUUCCUUUACUUCACCUAUGCCUGGAUAGCGUCAGUUGACGGUAGCUUGAGCACUUACGUCGCUAGCUCCUUCCAGCAACACUCCUUAUCAGGUCUUCCUACCGCCAUUGCGGAUGCUUUCUCAGCUGCUAUAUUCCUUCCUGUGGCUAAGAUGAUGGACACUUGGGGUCGAGCUGAAGGGUUCCUAAUAAUGUCGAUCUGUGCCACCGUGGGUCUUAUUCUUAUGGCUUCUUGCAAUAGCUUCGCUGUCUAUUGCGCCGCGAAUGUGUUCUACUACAUUGGCUUCGGGGGCAUGCAAUUCGCUGUGGACGUUAUCACCGCCGAUCUCUCGCAGUUGAAAAACCGAGCUCUUGCAUACGCUUUCACUUCUUCUCCAUAUAUUAUUACGGCAUUUGCUGGACCAAAGGUGGCGGAUCUGUUCUACGCCAAUACUGGUUGGAGAUGGGCCUAUGGUACAUUCGCGAUCAUCUUUCCUAUCGUGGCUGCUCCAUUGUUCUUCAUCCUGAAGUUCAACCUGGCAAAAGCCAAAAAGGGAAAUGCUAUAGUUAUAAGAGAGAACAGUGGACGAUCGUUCCUUCAAAGUGUCUGGUUUUGGACUCUCGAGUUCGAUUUAAUCGGAGUUGUCAUCUUUACUGCAGGACUUGUCAUAUUUGAGCUUCCAUUUGACAUUGCUAGCGAGGCUCCCAAUGGCUGGGGCACAGAUUAUAUCAUUGCCAUGAUUGUGGUUGGAUUCUCGAUGCUCUUCUUCUUUGCCUUGUACGAGAGAUAUAUCGCUCCUACGCCUUUGCUCCCCUACUCCUUCCUCACCAACCGAACAGUCGUCGGUGCAUGUCUCUUGGAUGCCACGUACCAGCUUUCAAACUAUUGCUGGAACAACUACUUCUCGAACUUCCUUCAAGUGGUUAAUAACCUCACUAUUGCCGAAGCUGGAUAUAUCGUCAAUACAUUUGACGUGGUUUCCGGUGUACUUUUGUUCUUUGUUGGAUGGGCAAUCCGAAAGACCGGUCGCUUCAAGUGGCUUCUUUACAUUUCAGUCCCUCUAUACAUCCUUGCCCAGGGCUUGAUGAUAUACUUCCGUCGUCCUGGCCAGAGUAUUGGUUACCAGGUUAUGUGUCAAAUCUUUAUCUCUAUUGCCGGAUCGAUCUUCAUUAUCGUCCAGCAGUUAGCUAUCCUCGCUGCCGUUGAUCACCAGCAUGUCGCUACAGCCCUUGCCUUGCUCAAUGUGGUCGGUACCAUUGGAAAUUCCGCAGGUCUUACCAUAUCUAUGUCAAUCUGGAACAACACAUACAAGGAUGCCCUCACGAGGUAUCUGCCGGACUUAUCAAACCUAGAGAUGAUUUAUGAAGAUCUUGAGACACAGUUGAGCUAUGCUCCGGCCACUGAGAUGAGAAAAGGUAUUCAGGAGGCAUACGGCUACACACAGGUUAGAAUGCUUUCUGCUGGCUUGGGUGUUAUGGCUCUGGCGUUCGCGUGGACUAUGAUGAUCAAAAAUAUCAACCUGAAGAAGGUUGCUCAGGUCAAGGGUAUGGUGUUCUAA